AUGGCCCUGAGAAGCUGGCGUGCCGAGCUGGCCGUGACAGCGUUUUGGGGCGCAGGCAAGUGCCAGAGGGAUGCAUACUCGUGGUAUGGACCGCUCUGCUCCGAUGAGUGCUAUCCGAUACAGUCCGAAUCCAACAAUUACAUCGCCUUGCGAGGUAGCACUGCUGGUCGUUCCAAUGUGCUGUACGCAGAAUUUCAGACGGGCAGCCAGCGCACGGCCGAUGUCAACUUUUCCAGCCCAGACUUUCGAGAGCUGUACGAUAUGGACACCGACCCGUGGUCGAUGAACAACCUGGUCUAUGGACCCCACGCCCAGGCGGGUGCCAUCGGUGAGGUACCACAGCUCCACGCAGCGUUGAUGGCGUGGUACUCGUGUGCGGGCAAGGACUGCUGGGAUCUUUGA